AUGGCGAUCAUUGCUGUACUCAGCACCACACUUCCUCCUCUCAAGGGCAAAUCUUCCCUGAAAAUAAGCAGCAGCAAGCCCCUGAACUCACAAGGCUGGUGGCAAUGCCAUGGGGAGAAGCAUCUGGUUCCGCUCCGCCUGGUGCUGGCAGAGUCGUGGGGGCACUGCCAGAGUCCAGGGCUGGAGGUGGCGGUCCUGGUUGUGUUAGUUUGGGAGACUACAGGAAAUAAGAGCUAGAGCUGGGAAGGUUUAAGACUGAGAGAGGUUCCUGUGACUACUGUCACAACAGAAAUCUUCAAUUUCAGCUUCAAUGUGAUCCCUUCCCUCCAGAAUCCAAUCUUCUCUGACCUGAAUCUUCUUCUGUACCUGGACUUAACAAGGUGUCAGAUCAGCUGGGCGUAUGACAGUGCCUUUCACAGCAAGAGGCAGCUGAAGCCAGUCAUGCUGACCAGAAACCUGCUCAUGUUUCUGUCUGACACAGCAUUUGCUAGCCUACAUUCCCUGGACAUGUUGACACACACAGGAAUAACAAGUAUGUUCUUUAUUGCAGUGUCACAUAUUGAUGGCUUAGGUAUCUUCAUCUUGGGCAGAAACCACAUCUCUUCACUGCAGCUUCCUCACAACUUCCCCACUCGAAACCUCAGCCUCCAUUUUCAAAUCAACAACAUGCAAGCAAUCACAGCAGAUGAUGUCCAAGCUCUGUAGAAGACCAGCAAUGUAACUCUCAUCCUUAAAGGCAAUGACAUUACAAAUAUUGAACCUGGAUCUUUUCAGUCCCAUUUCUACAGUUUGGGCUUGCUGGGCUGUGCUGACAUCCCUGGGGUGCUGAUGGGGAUACAGAACUCCACAGCCCAGACCCUUCAGUUGGGAACAUUUUGCAGUGUGGAAAAGGAACCUACAUAUGUCCAGAUGUUUUACAUCUGUAGUAUCUCAGCCAAGGAUCUAUAUCUGCAGUUAUGGCACUUCAAAAAUCUAAAUGCUGACACAUUUCAGUGCUUAAACAGGCUCCAAAAGCUGGACCUAACCCAAACCCACAUCCAGGCACUGCCCCGUGGCAUGAGCUUGCUAGAGGAGAUGGUUCUCAAUGCAAGCUGCUUUGAAUACCUCUGCAGCACCAGCCCUGCUGCCUUCCCCUCCCUCACCCACCUCCACAUCAAGGGUAACUCACAGGUGCUGCAGCCAGGUUCUGGCUGUUUGAAGAAACUGGCAAAGCUUCAAUGUCUGCAUUUAAGCAAUCACAUUGAAUGUUCUGACUGCUCUAGGAAAGCACUGAGAGCUGUGGGCAGACUUUGUUACCUGAAUGUAAGCCACACCCUCCAUCUCCAGGACAUGUUCGUUUACAGCAGUGCUAGCCUAGAGCUUCUAGACUUGCCCUUCACUCCUCUCCAUAUCAACACUUCACAGAGCCCUUUCCAAAAUCUGAAUGUCCAGCAAGUGCUAAAUCUUUCCUUAUCCCACUACCAUUAAUACUAGCAUUCAGUAUCUCUUUCAAGCCUCAUGUUCUUUGACCUUAGUCAAAAUAACUUUGAGUUGGAGGUCAUGCCAAAGGACAAACUGCUCCAACAACUAUCCAAUUUAGAGGUGCGAAUAUUAUCAUCAUGUGAACUGACAGCAAUAGGUAACCAAGAAUUUCACAAUCUCAGGAAGUUACAGCAUGUUGAUCUGAGUUACAACAAAUUUACUGCGUUCAGCAAUGCAUUUCCUAAUCUCAAGAGUAUCUAUCUCAAUUGUGCCCAUAACAUGACCCAAGUUGUACCAGGUGGUCAGCUAGUACCCCUAGAUGGCCACUGCAUAAUCCAUUUAAACUACAACCUUCUGGACUGCACCUGCUCUAAGAUUGAUUUAAUCAUCUCGUACCAGCAACAGCUGGAUAAAAUUUAAGACUUUGAAGGAACAAGACGUUCUGAACCCAAAUUACUAGCUGUUCAGCUGGCCACCAUCUCACUCUCCUGUGGGAAGGACACAUCAGGAAUAAUUGCAGUUGUCCGGGCUGUUUUAUCCUGUAGUGCAAUCUUCAUUUGGGAUGCUCACUGUAAGUCUAGGAUGGGGACACAGAAAAUAUCUACAGCAACUGUACUAAGUUGA